UGUUAGUAAAGAAUAACACUGCUAUGGCCGACGGAUUGUUAUGGCUGUAUUCUAUUCUGGUGAUAAAGUAAAUGGUUACAAUUUGUGAAUGUUUGUAAUGGCAGUUGACGAUAUGAGGCCACUAAAUUCGAAAAACAGAAUGGUCGACGUAAAAGAAGAAAGGGGCCCGAACAAUGAAAGUUCGAAGAGUACAAUUCAUAGUGGACACUUUAUGGUCAGUCGUGUGCAUGAUGUAAACAACGAAGACGACGAUGAAGAGGAAAUUCAGUCGCCGUUUAUUGAUGAUGUGAAAGGUUUUGAUUUCUUGUCAGCAAACAGGGAAAUAUCUAAAACAUACAACUUUGGAAAUGCCAAUAACAUAGCAACUGUAUCUAUUGAUGCAUCAUUGACAAAACUUUUUGAGUGUAUGACACUUGCUUACAGUGGCAAAAUUACCUCACCAAGAUGGAAGCAGUUCCGUGGCUUACAUGUCUCACAGAAGCAGCGCAUACGACUCAACAAUCUCAUUUGGAGAGAGUGGCAUAUGCAAUACAUUUACCAAAAGGCCCCCAUGGUCUGUCAGUUUGCUUGUCCAUUGUCAGAUGACGUCCAUUCAAAGCCAGAGGCUGUUGUGUUGGAAGGGAAAUACUGGAAACGAAGGCUGGACACAGUAACUGCUGAGUAUAAGAAAUGGCGGCGCUACUACAAAGAGCGCAUCAGGCAACAACAGGGUGUGAACUUCCACGACUCUAGCAGAUUGAAUGAAAAUGAACUGCUAGAGAGGGUCAAGGAUGUGACCUUCAUUACUCACAGCUCUGGUGGCUAUGUGUCCAACACGGACCUUAAUUUGCUUAAGACUGACAUGUCAGAUAUGGAUUUUACAAAUGAGCUUUUUGCCAGCCUGAACCAGCCUUUUGCAUUUCCAAACUUGAGCCAGCCAUUUGCUUUUCCCAAUCCCAGAGAACUAAGUCAGCUGGGGUGUGGAGAUCUUAUUCAACCUGGGCUUGUCCAACUGCAGCCCAACCUGGAGGAGUUUAUGGACAUUGAUACCAUGCAAGAACUCCUCAACUCACGGCUGCCUAAUUCCUUUGGUGCUUUUGUAUCUGACAGUUCUCUAAAUGCUGAUGUGUCACAGUCCAACAUGAACAGCAAUGAAAUAUCCCUGGCGGAUUUCUUGAACAACGCAUCCAUUGUUCCCACCACCAGCUCGCAGAAUGACUCCGCCACCAUCUUUGGUGGCAGCAACAGCAUAAACAAUAACUUCUUGACUGGGACUCAAAACAUCACUUUCCAAGUGACCUCUGAUAAUGGACAGUACCAUCUUGAACCCAGCACCAUUUUUCUGGGGCCAGCCCAGAACUUCAAUGUGAACCAGCCAUCUUUCACGCUGGUGCAGACAGGAGUGGGUCAGAACAUUGGUGGGGGGAGUUCACAGCCCAAGUCUUUCAACACGUCUGCAGACAUCCUGACACAGAUGCUACAGCAGCGGCCCAUGGAAGCCCCCAGAAGACAGCAGACCUCCAGCACAACCUCUCUCACCUCCAGCCAUCACCAACAUUCAUCACCAACAUUUCACCAGCCAUCACCGUCAGCUUGUAGCCCACUCCUCGUCCAGUCUCUAACGGUGGGCCAAAAGCAGCCUGCCCAGGCUCAAAAACAGCCUCCCCAGGCUCAGAAGCCCUCCCAGUCACCCAGGAAGUCCACAAAAACAAACAAUCAGCCGGGGAUUAGUGAGGCCGGCAGUGCUAGUGGGGUCAUGACUGGGCUGGCCAAGAUGGCGGGGUAUAACACCAGCAGGAAGAAAGAUGGAGUAUUUGCUGUACCUGUUAAAAAGCCCACCCCUCCCAGGAAGACAAGGAACAUUGCACCUGCACCAACUACCUCACCUCCAACCUCCACAGUGUCUAUGCAACAACAAUCUUACCUGGCUGAGCUGUUGAAAAAUGGCACAUAUCCUGGUGCACUGAUCAAUGUGAAGAAGGAGCCUCAGUUAAUCCAGCCUCAGAUCACGACCACCACCAACCUGUACCAGCCCAUGAGGCAUAACUCUAACUUACUCCAGCACAUCUCUUCUUCUAACAUGGUCAGCCUUGCACCUGGAAAUCAGAUUCAGGCAACUUUGCCAUUGGUGGCGGCCAACACGGUCCCAACUAUUGAUGUUUCCUCGAUCACAAGCCAAGCCUUGAACGAUGUGAACAUUACAUUCAGUGGUUCACUCAUGAACAUCUCUACCCCUGUUCUGAAAACUUCAAGUGAACUACCCCAGGACCAAGACACAGAAGUGCAUUCAGUCAACUUGUUACAAGAUAACCCGAGUCCACUGGCUGUGAAAAGAUCACCAUCUCCAGCCCUGCAGAUGGACACCAGCAGUCUUAUGGACCCCGUCUCACCCUACUCCUCCAUGCCUCUCUCCCCCACAGGGAUGGAUGAUCCAGAAUCUCCAGGAUCUGAAUCUGGGUUUCCUAAGGACAACAGAAGAGUUGCGCACCUCUCAGCAGAACAGAAGCGCAGGUGCAAUCUUAAGACUGGUUUUGACAUGCUCCAGCACCUUGUCCCUUCAUUAGCACAGAACCCCAAAGUCAGCAAGGCAACCAUGCUUCAGAAAACCGCUGAGUUUUGUAAAAAGCUGAAAGCAGAAAGAAUUCAGAUGCAGAAGGAGGCAGCCAUUUUGAAAAAGGAGAUAGAUUCCCUGAACAUCGCCAUCAGCAACGUCCAGUCUCAGCUCCCUGAGACAGGGGUGCCAGUGACCAGACAGAGGAAGGACCAGAUGAGGGAGAUGUUUGACGAGUACGUCCGCAUUAGGACUACUGACAACUGGAAGUUUUGGAUUUUUUCUGUGAUCAUGAACUCUCUGUAUGAUUCCUAUUGCAACACUGUGUCCACCGCCAGCUUGCAGGAUUUGUAUCGGACAUCUCUCACCUGGCUGGACCAGUCCUGCUCACUGGUUACCCUUAGACCGAAUGUGCUGAAUGCCCUGCGUAAGCUGAGCACUACCACCAGUAUUCUGACGGAGCCCCACAAAGUCAAGGACCAAGCUUUACAGGCGGUGUCGAAACAAGCCAAGAGGUACAGCAGUAACAACAUGAUGAACAAAUAGCAUUGGCUUGUUUAGGCUUUUCACAUUUGCUAACCAAGUAUUUGAGUGAGGUUAGAAUCUGAUGUACUUGUUGAUCAAGGCGGUUUCACUUGUAGCAUAAUAUAAUUCUGUUGUUGGUUUGCUAAACAAGUCUUGCAUAAAAUCAGCUGAUCAUUAUAAUAGCCAAAGCAAUAUCCAGUGUAAUACAUGUGUGUGGUUCUAUAGGGAUUGGUGAUGUAGGCCAGAGUUCAUGGGUCAAAGUGCAUGGUUCGCUAUGAUGAUAGGGAUGUAGAUACUGCUGUAUUGUUUAUGUACUUUAGUUAGGUGUCACACUUGGACAGAGCAUGUUGACAGAGAGGUGUGAGAGAGUUUAUACCUGCCACUAACUCACCACCUGUCACAAUCACAGCUGUGUUGAUGGGGUUCUGGGGGUUGUUUUUUCUUUUACUUUUUGUCUGGUCGGUAGAAACUCCGUGUACACAGUUUUUGUGUGGCAAGUAGAAACUUGUAGAAUACACAAUUUGUGUAGCUGAUACUUAAAAAUUAACUGCAUACACAAUUUUUGUGUACAUGUAGACUUUGGAAAAUAAUUGUACACAAGAUUUUUGUGUGAGCAGUAGAAACUACCCACAAUUUUUGUGUGGCUAUAGAUGAGAAAAAAAAUGUAGAUAUUAGAAAUCUUGACAUGCUUAUAAUUGAUUAGUUUUAAAGAUAAAGAUGUUGAUGUUGAUGUCAUAAAUUAAUCUCGUCUCUUUGAGAUUUCUAAUGUAUUUGCUCUUGUUGGCAGCUCUAAAGUUUUUAACUGCAAUAAUUUUUUUUUUAUGUUGGCAACCUCCAUAAAUGAUGUUAUGUAUGAAUGAAUAGGUUUUAGUGUAUGUGGUUAUGUAUGAAGGACAGUCUUUUGAAAAUCUUAACUUAUUUCUAUCACAAAACAAAUAAUUUUGGAUAUAAGUUUUUAGAAUGCCAACAGUCACAGGCAAGCAUCUUUUGCAGCUUGCAAAAAUAGAUGUUGCAAAAAAAAAAAAAAAAUACCCCAUUGUACCCUUCACCAAAAUAUAAAAAUGUGUUGGUAAACAAGUGUGUUCUAAAGUAAUUAGAAUGAUUGUGCUCUAAGAUCUAUCUGACUUGUAUGAUGUGUUCUGAUGUAGGGGAAUAGAUGUAUCAUUGUGUGGAGUGGUAUGAUGUUGGGGAGUAGAUAUAUCAUGCUGACACAUCAUUUAUGGAGUUGUCCUUAGAGCACUGAUGAUGAAAUAUCUUGAUUAUCCACUAAUUAACAAAAAAUAUUUUUUAAAAUUGCACCUGUUUAUGUCAUAAUAAUAAAUGUAUGGUCAUGGUCAGUAUUUUACUUCCACAUGUUUGUCUCAUGAACUUAGAAGGAAUUUAAAAACAUGUUUUCAAGGGUACUUAUACACUAAUGUCAAGUUUUUGACAGUAAAUAACAGGUCUCUGUAAUAACUGAAGGUUAACUCCCUUUUGCUAGUUUCUGCAUUAUCUCUAGGUUAAUUCCCUUUUGCUAGUUUCUGCAAUAGCUUUCGGUUAAGUCCCCUUUGCCAGUUUCUACAUAAGCUUUAUGUUAACUCCCUUUUAAUAGUUUCUACAUUAUCUCUAGGGCAAUUCCCUUUUGCUAGUUUCUGCAAUAGCUUUAGGUUAAGUCCCCUUUGUCAGUUUUUCUAAUAGUAAUAGGUUAAUUCCCUCACCCUAGUUUCUGCAUUGGCUGUAAGUCAAUUAUAAUAUGAUCUAAUGCCUGUUUUUAAAGAUGUAAAUACGUAUAUAAUUCAGAGACUUUUUCUCUUCUCUCUUUAUUCUAUGUAGAUGUUGUGAACCAGAAAUUGCUUUUAAAGACUUAGUAAUUUUCUCAUUGUGUGGCUGCAGGUUUUUAUUACAUUUGGUGUAUAAUUAGCACUGAUGUUUGGUUUUUCUUGAAACUUGUGUAUACUAUUUCUGUGACACCUAGCUUAGUGGCUAUUACAUUUACUAGGGUAAUGAGUAAAUAAGAUUUUUUUAGUCAGCUGGUAUCAUGUGCAGGUUUGCCAGUAUCAGGUGCUGGUCAGCCGGUAUCAUGUGCUGGUUUGCCAGUAUCAUGUGCUGGUUUGCCAGUAUCAUGUGCAGCUUAGCUGGUAUCAUGUGCUGAGACACCAUCCUGUAUUGUCAUCCAGUAUAAGUAUUGUAUAUAGCUCUGUCAGUAUUGUCUUGAGAAAAUAAUUCACUGCCUUUUCUUCAACUACUGACCUUUGAAAUCUGACCUGGGUCAAGUGGCAUAGGGCAGCUGUAAAAUUGCCUUUAAGAGAUGAAUCCAUAGCUUCAGCAGAAAACCUUUUUGUGUCCAGAUUUUUCCCACCUAGCUUUUCAUUGUUGUAAAUACCCACCUGAUAACUGCUGUCUUGGUCAGCCCAGGAUUAGCAGGUCACCUGAUUACUGCUGUCUUGGUCAGCCCAGGAUUAGCAGGUCACCUGGUUACUGCUGUCUUGGUCAGCCCAGGAUUAGCAGGUCACCUAGUUACUGCUGUCUUGGUCAGCCCAGGAUUAGCAGGACACCUAGUUACUGCUGUCUUGGUCAGCCCAGGAUUAGCAGGUCACCUGGUUACUGCUGUCUUGGUCAGCCCAGGAUUAGCAGGUCACCUGGUUACUGCUGUCUUGGUCAGCCCAGGAUUAGCAGGCUUAAUAGAUUAAUAGAGUUACUUAAAUUUAGAAUGAAUAAUUCAAGAUGGUGGCUUAACCUUGUUUAAAAAAUAUCUAUUUUUAAAACAAUUUUAACGCAUUAUCUAAAGAUGUCAAAGAAUAGCGGUUUUAAAACAUCUUAUAAAAAAAUGUAGACUGGAGAAUAUUGUGAAGUGUAAAUACCUAAUCACAAACUUCAUUGGACACAAGUUGUGCCUUGAUUUCCUUUUUUUUGUCAACAAAUGUUGUUUGACACUUGACUUGUCACAUUGUCAACCUAUUUUAUUUUUGCCAACAAAUGUUGCUGGACACUUGUCACAUUGUCAACCUAUUUUAUUUUUUUCAACAAAUGUUGCUGGACACUUGUCACAUUGUCAACUUAUUUUAUAUUUGCCAACAAAUGUGCAGGACAUAUCCAUUGGAUGAUUGUCACAGGCUAAACUACUACUACCUUUUUGUACUUGCUUCAGUGUGUACCAAAGUUUGUGUUCACUCAGGGGAGGUAAUUUGUUGGCCUUAAUGUUGUAUCACUCUAUACCAUUACCAGAGGGGAAUUUUAUUGCAGACACACAAGAAAUACUUGCCUUCCAGGACUGUUCCAUUCUGGCAUUUUUUUGGUUGUGAAGUUUAUAGUCAGAAGCAAAGUUACUUUUUUUUUAUAUAGACACCAAUAGAGUCCUGUAAAUAGUAUUACAAUGGAGUAGCUUCCCCUUCCAUUUUGUCUCAUAGUUGCUCAAUUUUUUUUAAAAAUGUGAUUUUAGUUUUGUCUAUUUAUUUUAGAGUUACUGUCCUGCUUGUAUAAAAAUGUCACAUCAUUAGAAUAAUGUGAGAAAAAUGUCAAUGUGAUUUGAAUUAUGCCAUAAAAAGCUACUGUGAAAGACUGCAGUUGGCAGAAAAAUGCUGACAUGACAGGUAGGCUUGGUGACCACCAUUUAGCCUGGUCAUGACGUCAAUGGCCUGGUCGCCACUUGGUCUAGUACCUGUUGCCAGCAUUUGAAAGUGUGACACUGAAUGCAAACAUUCUAGCGAAUUUCUUUAAAAAAUUGAUGCUGUUUUAGAAUGUUAUCAAAUUAAUUUUAAAUGGAAUAAUAUGUUAUUGUUUAAAAAAAAUGUAAUACAUCCUUGUUGGUGCUUUGUGUGACUGACUAGAGUCAGUCUGAGAUUAUGGGAUACCUGCUCCCAAUUUUCUGUGUUUCUCAUUGUUUGCUUUAUGCUAGACAGAGUGUGACCGCCACAUGAGUUAUUUGCCAUGCAGAUAGUGGACUUGUGAACAUUAUAUACCAUUUGUUGAUAGUUUCAUGCUUUGAUGUCAGGUUCUAGUAAAAAAUAACUUGACCCCCUU